ACUCUUACAUUCUUCUUUUUAAUAGAAAAUACUCAGCUCUGGGGACAGUAAUGCAGACCAAGAACUGGACUUUAAAGAGUUCGCUAACUACCUCCAAGACCAUGAGACGAAACUGCGACUGGCCUUCAAAAGCUUGGAUAAAAACAAUGAUGGCAGGAUUGACACAGUUGAAAUUGUCCAGUCGCUCAAGUCUCUGGGAAUCAACAUCAGUCCUCAGAAUGCAAAGAAGAUUCUCCACUCCAUGGAUGAAGAUGGCACCAUGACCAUUGACUGGAACGAAUGGCGUGACCACUUCAUCUUCAAUCCGGCAACCAGUAUUCAGGAAAUCAUCCAGUUCUGGAAACACUCUACGGUCCUGGAUAUCGGCGAAAGCGUGACCAUCCCUGAUGAGUUCACCGAAGAGGAGAGGAAGUCGGGCAUGUGGUGGAGGCAGCUACUGUCUGGGGCAGUGGCGGGAGCUGUGUCACGCACGGGUACAGCCCCCCUGGAUCGCCUCAAAGUCCUCAUGCAGGUUCAUGCUUCCAAAACCAACCAGAUGAGUAUGUUCGGCGGUUUCAAGCAGAUGUUGAAGGAGGGGGGAGCGAUUUCUCUGUGGCGGGGAAACGGGAUGAACGUGGUGAAGAUCGCCCCAGAAACAGCCAUCAAGUUCAUGGCCUAUGAACAGUACAAGAAACUCAUCGCUCCCAAUUGUGAAAACAUCCGUACACACGAGAGGUUCAUCGCAGGAUCACUAGCUGGUGCCACAGCUCAGACCACCAUUUACCCAAUGGAGGUCCUGAAGACCAGGAUGGCUCUGCGUAAGACAGGCCAAUACUCGGGAGUGGGGGAUUGCGUGAAGAAGAUUUGGAGGAGCGAGGGGCUGAUUGCUUUCUACAAAGGCUACAUUCCAAAUAUUCUGGGCAUUAUUCCAUACGCUGGCAUCGAUCUGGCCAUUUAUGAGACAUUGAAGCAGACCUGGCUCAACAAAUACGCCAAGGAUUCCGCAAACCCAGGGAUCUUGGUCCUGCUGGGGUGUGGUACCGUCUCCAGCACCUGUGGUCAACUGGCCAGCUAUCCCCUGGCCCUGGUCCGCACCCGCAUGCAGGCACAAGCAUCGUUGGAGGGAGCACAGCAACGCAGCAUGAAGCAAAUGUUCCAGGACAUUGUGGCCAAAGAGGGUCCCUUUGGCCUCUACCGUGGGCUUGCUCCCAACUUCAUGAAGGUCAUCCCUGCCGUCAGCAUCAGCUACGUGGUGUACGAGCGCAUGAGGAUGGCCUUGGGCAUGAACCCCACCUGAGACCAACAUCCACUCCCGCCCCAGAACCACAGAUCACCAACAUCCACUCACGCCCACAACUACAGAUCACCAACAUCCACUCCCGCCCAGAACCACAGAUCACCAACAUCCACUCCCGCCCCAGAACCACAGAUCACCAACAUCCACUCCCGCCCCAGAACCACAGAUCA